CAAUCCAACCCUGCAGCAGCACGCUGCACGCCGGCCGCACAUGGGGAGGCGUUCAGGGCACUGAGGGGUACAGGACGCGGGCAGGGACAGGAUCGGGGCGGCUGGGAUAGGUCCCCAAAGAGAGAGAGAGAGAGAGAGAGAGAGAGAGAGAGAGAGAGAGAGAGAGAGAGAGAGAGAGAGAGAGAGAGAGAGAGAGAGAGAGAGAGAGAGAGAGGCCACAACACUACAACUUGGAUAUCAGUAACCGCUCUCUCUCUUUUCAACUCACUCACCAUAUCGACUUUGAACCUGUUUGUUUAAAUGGACUUUACAGCCGACGAACGCACAGUCGCUGUCUGCAUGUCGGAGAAAAAUCAGGGUUUGGCUUCUUAACGGGAAAAACAAACAAACAUUGAUAUCCUUCAGAUUACUCUCAGUGCGGAUCUUUUUUCCAAAGUGUUGCGCUCACUCUCUCUCCAUGAACGGCUCCGGUUCGGCGGACAGAUGUAGCUGUCAUGUGCGGUGGUGCAGCCUGGACUCGGACCGAUAAGACCGUCAGGACCUCUCUCCCUGCAGGGGGGAGACCCGGGACGCUCCCCGGUGGGGGUGCCCGCCGCCGAGGCGAUGCGGAUCCCGGGACCCGGUUCCUUCCUCUUCCUCGCCUCCACUCUGAGCGCCCUCCUCUUCCUCCUUCCUCUGGCGGCAGAGGGCUGCGGACCGGGCCGGGGAUACGGCCGGAGGCGGCCCCCCAAGAAGCUCACCCCGUUGGCAUACAAACAGUUCAGCCCCAACGUAGCCGAGAAGACGCUUGGCGCCAGCGGGAGGUACGAGGGCAAGAUAACCCGGAGCUCCGAGCGCUUUAAGGAGCUGACGCCCAACUACAACAUAGACAUCAUGUUCAAGGACGAGGAGAACACGGCCGCGGACAGACUCAUGACCCAACGCUGUAAGGACAAGCUGAACUCGCUGGCCAUCUCGGUGAUGAACAUGUGGCCGGGGGUGAAGCUGCGUGUGACAGAGGGCUGGGACGAGGACGGCCACCACUCGGAGGACUCUCUGCACUACGAGGGCCGCGCCGUGGACAUCACCACCUCCGACAGGGACAGAGACAAGUACGCCAUGCUGGCCCGCUUGGCGGUGGAGGCAGGCUUCGACUGGGUCUACUACGAAUCCAAAGCCCACAUCCACUGCAGCGUCAAGUCCGAACACUCCGUGGCGGCGAAAACCGGCGGCUGUUUCCCUGGUAACGCCCGGGUCCUCCUGGAGGGCGGGGCCACCAAGUCGCUGCGUGACGUUCUACCCGGCGACAGCGUGCUGGCGUCCUCCUCUGCCGACGGCAGCGGAGAACUGGUUUUCAGCCCGGUGCUGUCCUUCCUGGACCGACGGCCCGCCACUGUCAGGACCUUUCACGUGAUCCGAACCGCGGCGGGCCUCAACAUCUCCCUCACCGCCGCGCACCUCAUCUACGUCUCGGACCUCAACUGCACUAAAGUGUCGCUCCCUGGCACCGCUAGCUCCGCCCCCGCUCGCCCUGCUACCGCCUCAUCGGGUCCCGGGUCGGGCGGCCUCGCGGGGCUGAGGACGGUGUUCGCCAGUGAGGUGCGGCCCGGACAGUGCGUGCUCACGUCGCGGCGCGGCGCCCCCACCCUCUCAGGGGUGACGGGUGUGGAGGUGCGGCAGGGCAGGGGGCUGUACGCGCCGCUGACCCUGCACGGCUCGGUGGUGGUGGACGGGGUGCUGGCCUCCUGCUACGCGGCCGUGGACAUGCCCCGCCUGGCCCACUGGGCGCUGGCCCCGCUCAGACUCAGCCAGCGCUUGCUGGGGGCCUCCGGGCCCCAAGCGGACGGGCUGCACUGGUACCCCUGGGUCCUGCAGAGGCUGGGCAGACUGCUGCUGGACCCCGGACACUUCCACCCCUGGGGAAUCGAGGGAUAGGCGGACGGUGUAACUUGUGGAUAGAUGCGUCACUUGAUCUAUAUAUUCCUUACUCUCAUUUUGUAUUCCACUUUGAGUGUGUUUUCGAUCCUUUCCGUUGCUUUUCACUGCUGUUGACAGGCUCCUAAGUAUUUCCAUUAUUUAUGAUUGAUUUGAGACAUCCGUCUGAACUGUAUUUGCUGCAUACAUGAGGUGUCAUUGUGCUUAAGUCAAGGUGAACGUCUGUAACUUUUUAAGGAACAAGUUGGCAAAGUAUUUCUCUAAAGAAACAAUGGGGAGAAAAACAAUCCCUUUAAUCAUUCACUCAUACUCAAAUAGCAAUGUUGAUCAUUAACUCUUCUGUAGACCACACCCAGCACGGUGGCAGAGGAACGGUUGGCAGCAUAGAGCCAUACCUGUAAUCCAACAUUGAGGUCCGAGAGGAGACCCAGGAUAGCGAUCAACUGAGACCAAAAUGAUGAUUGAUUUUGACAUUAAUUGGCAUCUCCUGUAAUGUCCAUAGCCCGAAAGUUCUUUGAGUUUGAACCCUGGGGUCUGAGUUCUCCCUUUGGACAUCCUUGAGUAAGACGCCUAGCCCCCUAUCUUCUCAUUAACGAUCUGCAUCUGAAUUUACUUAGAAAAUGGUAGUGAGACGUCAGUAAACCCUUCGGACUACAGGAUUCAUUAGAUCAGAAUGUGGACUUAUUGUACGGCCAUACUGUAAGUACGAACUCUGUCAUACUUCAGGAUAGGCUACAAUAACAUGUAUCUUGCUUGCAUAAUGUGAUGCAUAAAAGUGUAUGUAACCCCCUGAUUUCCCAGUGUGCUCUAGCUCUAGAAGUGCAUUACGUUUUGUUAUCUGCUAUUGGUUUAUUCACCUAGCGGCCAUCUUGGCCCUAUCAAAGCUCCUCUCCCCCAGCUGGCAUUCAGAGCCAAGAUGGCCACGAGGUGAAAAGGGCCUGUUGGGUGCUUUAAGGAAGUUCCUGUUGUCUGUCCUUAAUAUAGGUCAGAUGUAGGGUAAUACACACAUAUUGCGCUUUACAUUUCAACAUGUGGUGAAGUAAUGUAGAGAUAUAAUCAUGUCUUUCACUGUAUUUAAGUUUUAACAAACCUGUCAUCUAUUUAAAUCUGUUCCUAUCAUUUAUGCAAUAUAAACAAUGUAACAUUAAUUCAGGUAUUUAACUUGUUAAGAGUGGACAUAUUGCCAAAUAUAUAGAUAUAUUUACAAUUUCAUUUUCUCAUCACUUCAGCUAUCUGAAGAGCUACUGUAUUAGGCAACAGAUAAGGACUCUCAGAGUAGUUACCAUGAAUAUUCAAUAGUAUUGAAUUAAUGAAACUGCAUUGCCGGUACUGCCUGAAUUCCUUUGUAUAAGCACUACAUCAUUCGCAGUUUCACUACCAAACAUCCUCUUAAAAAACAGGUUUGGAGAUAAAGAAUUGUUCAGAAUGACAUGUUUUGGGGGAUUUUGUUUUUAAAUCCAAAGUAUCUGGUGAAUCUGUUUCUCUCUCUGUAUUCGCACUAUGUGAGCUAAAACAUGUCAAAUAUGUAUAUUGAGCUAUAUUGUUUGGAAGUAUUUAAAGUUAUAUUUUUAGUAAAGGUUUUAAAUGUUGUUAUUUGGACAAUCCUCUGUAAAUAGAUUGUAUUUUAGACAUAAAGUUGUUUGUAUGUAAAAUAAACCAAACCCUGUUUGAUUGUUUACCUAAGAUUGACCCUACACUGUAGCUUUUCAAAUAUUACGUUUUAAAAACUAAACUAUUCCAUACUUAGAAAAUAUAUUUUCGAAAUUAGUGUGUAUUGGAAAGGCUAUCUAUCACAUAAUGAUUUAGCUACCUUUAACCACAAUAAUUUAUUGUGGAGUCGGUUUACGUCACAGUUGGACCGUUAAAGUGAUCCGUUCUAACUUCUGGACGGAGGGGGGUGGGCUGUUGGGUUUCAGGACCCUGGAUAGCAGCACACAGCCACACUUACCCCGUUCCUCCAGUGAUUCUCAUUGUACACUAUUUACCAAUUCAUUCCUAGACAUCGCCCCCUGCUGGUUGCUUUGAGAAACACUGCUUUUCUGAAUGAUUAUCUCCUGUGAUACCUAGUUUCAUUAGGAAUGUUUGGUGGAAUAAAAGAGCAUACUGAGAGAUUCUAAGUAAUGUUUAUUAUUAUUAUUGGUCAGUUAAGAACAGGAAAAUUCUGUCGUAUUUUCCCACAGUUCAGCAAAGACACAGACAGUCGCAGACCCAGGUCAAGUUUCUACAUUUUAAAUAUCUGAGGGAAAGAGAAGUGUAGCAUGGUUCCUCUGAUGGCCAGUUUACGACCAUCAUCGCAACUAUCAUAUGAAAACAAUGCACACCUCAAGUGGUUCAAACUUAAAGAUAAAAAAUAAA